CGGCUGGAGUUGGAGCACGGCUGGUCGACCGUCGAGGAGUGGGCGCCUGAUGGCAUCAAGGGCCCCCACGAGACCGCCUUCGGGGCAUUGAAGAAGAUCGCCGGCAUCGCCGCGUACAGCCGUCUCGACGUACCUGGGAUGAAGCAGCCAGUGAAGACAGCCAAUCGGUUGUGCGACCUCUUGAAGGAGAGCCCCGAGGCGUUGUUGAAGGUCUCUGGCGUGACAGUGUCUGCGGAAGACAACGUAGAGGGGCUGCAGUCGCUGUUCUCCCUCGCGCUGGGCACGGCGGCGCGCGUGCGCAGGGCCUUGGGCCACAGCGUUCUGGCCAGAGCCAAGGGUGCAGCAGAACAGUCUCUGAAGCGCGUGGACUCGGCGGCGUGGCAACGGAAGGAAUUGCAGGCCUUCUCGAAUAUCUCCAAGCUGCUGAGCGCGGAGCCGCCCGAGGACACCUGGAAGGAAGCGGACGUGUGGCUGUGCAGCGUCGCGGCCGUCGCCGACGCCAAGGAGCUUGCCGAGCAGGCCGGGGGCGAGCUGAACCUGGAGCUGCGGGAGAACGCGAGCGACGCCGUGCGCCAGCUCGGGGACAUGGCGCAGCCGGAGCGCGCCUCCCAGACGGUCAUCGCAAAGACUUUCGACGCUUCUCUGGAAGAUGUGGAGGCAGCAGUGGGGGCCAGCAAGGAGCUGCACGCGCAGGCCGUGCCAUGGCUGGAGAAAGUCGCGCAGGAGCGGGCUGAACGCUCCGUCAAGCGGUUCGACGCCGAGCCAGCCGUGCGCGCCGCGAAGGAGCUUCUUGAGAGGAGCCCCAUCCCCGAGACGCUGCAGGAAGCGGCCGAGUUCUUAAAGGUUGUCGGUGGCACCGUGGACAUGCCGGAGACCUUCGGCGGCAAGGGUGGGAAGAUGGUUGAUGCUGUCAACAAGGUGAUCGGUGGCUUCUCUCUCAUAAAGGAGGUGUACCGCGACCCCCAUCUUGAGUCGCAGGUGGACUCCAUGACGUCACAGUUGCGACAGCGGCUCUUCCUGGUCGCCUGGUGCGCGAACGUGACGUCGUCGAUUUGGGAGGCGAAAGGCCAGUCGAGGAUUCUGACCCAGCAGAGGCAGAAGGUCCGCGAUGCCAUGAAGAACCUCAUCAGCGUCGCAGAGGAGCUUGACAAGACGAAGGAGGAGUUUCCCGCGCUCGAGGGCCGCCUGAUCCCCGAGAUCCUUCUGAACGCGGGGAAGGCGAUCCUCGCCGGCCGCGCAGCGAGCGGGGAGAGCGAGGCGGAGGGCGCCAGCGGUGCAGCAGACAGCGCGCCUGGGAGCGGGGCCGGCGGCACUGACCAGAAAGGGUGCGCCCGGGCUGCGCCCGGGGCCGCCAAGAGGGCCAGGGUGGGCGACACG